UACAGAUCUAAAUUGCACACAGCUUGUAUUGUUUACAACUGUAAACUACCUGGAAGGAGAAAUACAGUACAUCAAAGUAAAUGGAUUGGCUGCAGUUGACUCCAAUUCAAUCAUUGUACAGAGGAGACAGUCGGAGCUGCAGCGCGUGUCGCAUUUAUUCAGCAGCGCUCAGCACCAGCGCGUGUGUUGUGUGAAUUACGCGCGAGCGAGAGGAGAGUGCACGUGAAUAUUCAGCAGUGAACUCAGAGCUCAGUGCGUAAUACGGAGACGCCGGGAACCCCCAGUCUACGAAGGAAGACAUGGAAGUUUGCAAAGGACGUUUGUUGGGCAUUUCGGUGGCAGUUGCUCAUGGAUUCUUUUCGGGGUCGCUAAAUAUUUUGUUAAAAUUCCUCAUUACGACCUAUAACUUCACGUAUCUGACUUUAAUUCAGUCUCUGACCAGCGGCACUGCGGCUCUCACAUUAGAGGUUCUGAGGAGACUGGGCAAAAUAGAUAUACCACCCUUCAGCCUCCAGUUAGUGAAAGUUUUUGCGAGUGUCUGUAUUUUAUCAACUUUGCAAUCCACGCUAACCCUCUGGUCUCUCAGGGGACUGAGCUUACCCAUGUAUGUUGUGUUUAAGCGAUGCCUGCCAUUGGCAACGUUAGGGAUUGGUGUGUGUGUGCUGAAGAAUGGGUUCCCAUCAGCUGGGGUGGUAACAGCAGUUCUCAUCACCACUGGAGGAGCAGCACUGGCUGGUGCUGGAGAUCUAACAGGUGACCCUUUUGGCUACGUGACUGGCGUUUUAGCUGUGAUUGUCCACGCCACCUAUUUGGUACUCAUCCAAAAAGUGAGUGCAGACAGUGAUUAUGGGCCACUCACGGCCCAGUACACCAUUGCAGUGGUGGCUUCUCCUGUUCUCUUCAUCUGUUCCAUUGUAAGCAUGGAUGCCAUUGACAUGUGGACAUAUGAAGGUUGGAAGAACCCGUAUAUCACAGGAAUCUUCUGUACCUGCAUCCUCAUUGGCUGUGCGAUGAACUUUACCACUCUACACUGUACAUAUAUCAACUCGGCCGUCACCACCAGUUUUGUGGGGGUGGUCAAGAGUAUAGCUACUAUCACCGUGGGCAUGCUGGCCUUCACUGACGUGAUGCCAACCAAACUGUUCGUGGCAGGCGUGGUAGUGAACACCGUCGGCUCCAUCACCUACUGUGCGGUGAAGUAUCACGAAACCAGAAAGAAGCUGGCCUACCAGGAUAUGGACGAGUCUGCUGAAAAUGCAGAACUUCCAGGAGAACCUUAUGUGGAACCAGCCAAGCCUGAUGGAGAUACGGAAACUGUUCCAAAUGAUCUGGAGAACGUUCCCAAUGGCAGCCUGAUGCCAUCAGCUGAUGGCAAUGACCAGGGUCCCAUUCAUGAGAAUAAAGUGGCAGAGUCCAUAGAAUUAGAAAGGCCGGGGCUCCCAUCAGAGGAUCCUACGAGACAAUCUCUGAGCGACAGUUAUGUAGGGGUCUGGAGAUCCGUUCGCACCUUAAAGUUCUUUAAGAAAGACACUUUACUUGAUAAUAUGGAGGUCCAAAGUCCUUGAUGAUUGGUUUCACGAAGUGCAUGAUAAUUGUUGAGGUAUUGUUGAUGGUGUGAACAAUGUUUGCCUUUUUCUCUCCUGAACAUGAUUUUAUGAAAAACAUUUAUUUUUUAUAAAAAAGGUAUGGUCUGUUUGUACAGUAGAGGGAGUAUAAACAUAUGACAGAUGAGCCAAUUUAUUGACUUAAAAUAAAAUAUCCUUUUAUUUUAGGAUCAGUUUGAAAUGAC